AUGUGCACCAGCGACAUCUACCGCUCCAUCGGCCACGACGGUGUCCACCGCGAGACCCGUGAGAUUCACCGCUGCACCGCCUUCAAGCGCGGUAUCCCUUGCGACCCCAUCGUCUACAGGCAUCCCGUCGCCGCUCCUCGUCCUACAGUCACUCCCUCUCCAGCUUCCUCCGUGGGCCACUCGGCACCCGUGGACAUCCCCAACCCCUCACCCCGCUACUCCUCGACCGAAGCGGAGGCCCAGGAGGCCCAGCGUGUACGUCAGCAGCGCUCCUCCCCACAUUGUCGAGGCGGCGUCCUCGCCCACGACCACCCGUCGUCGCACCUCCACCUCGUACCACCACUCGAGCAAGCCUUCCACCGGCAGCAGCAGCACCGCAUCGUCAUUGUCGAGGCGCCGCCCACCUCGCGCACGCCUCCCCAGGCCUUUGACGCUCCACGCACCGCUCCCUCUUCGCCCUCCUUCCCCUCCAUCCCCGCGGGCGAGGAUAACCUCCGCUACCGGCCCGUGAUUGUGGACGAGCGGCCGCGCGAGAGCAGGGACAGGGACAGCAAGCACCACCACCAGCGUGUCCGCAUCGAGGUGCCCGGUUCCGGCCUCGAGGUGCCCUCUGGCUCGGCGGCCCACCACCAGUCCCAGCGCCAGUCGAGCGGUGGACACAGGCGCCAGGCCUCGGACGGCUCGCACCGGUCGCGAGGAGGCUCGCCGGCAGAAGAGGAGUCUCGCAUUGCCCAGGCCAACCUCAAGAUCUCUCUGCGCCCUACCCAGCCUCUCUCCUCGCGGCGCCCGGCGCCCGCCCCCGUCUACAUCCGCCCCACGGUAGACCUCCCGGCUACCGCAGGCCUCGGACUCGUCUCUCCUCCCGCGGAGCCCGUGGACGACGAGGAGAAUGAGGAGGCGAGGGAGCAGAGGCUUCGGGAGAGGAUGAUGCCGCAUAGGCGUGCUACCAUUGGCGCGGGGAGCAGGCGGCACCGCGUCGAGUACCAAGACGGCAUGUACAGGCUAGAGUAA